AUGCAAGGACUAGUGUCCCCUCCUGGGCAGGUGCGCCUGGCUGGCCGGCUGCUUCUACAGAGACACCAAAAGCUAGCGGCUCCGCUCCCCCUGCUGGUGCUGCUGCUCGUCCUCCACCCGCUCUGCACAGCCGCCGCCACAGCCCAGCCAGAAACAACACGUCCGCCCGUCGAGCCCCUGGAUGGCAACGGCGGCUCUUCUUCUUCUGUCGGCAUCAUCAUCGGCUGCGUCGUGGCGAUCGUCGGUGUCCUGCUGCUGGCCGGUCUUGUCACCUUGCUUUGCCUUGUGCUCCACCGUCGCCGUCUGCGCAACAGCAGCCGGCGUCACGCCUACGCCGACGCGGACAGCAUCGCCUUUCAAGACGACCGUGACAGCGCACAUCGUCUCCGCGGUGCGGCCGUCGUCAAUGCCGGCCCGCGUGAAGGUAAUGAGACGGCAGGGGGCCACUACGCCCAUCACACGGACGAAAACUGCGAACCGGUGACACCCCCGCCGUUAGAGAACACGGGCACGGCGCAGCCGAUGCGCGACUACCGCGACAACUACGCCGACCGCUUCGACGACCCAAACGGCGACAGCUACGACGCCGACGGCGGGGUGCGACCGGCCUCGCCCAACGCGGAGCGGGUGGAAGGCCUCCCGAUUGAGAACCGCGUCCGGCCGCGGCGCCACCUCCCGCGGGGCCAGGUGACGAUCCACCACGGCGAGCAGGAUGUCUGCCUCGACUUCCGCGGCGUGGAUCGGGUGCCGCAGGUCGGCCCGCCCCCGCUCACCGAGGAGGAGAAGCAGCGCAUCCUCGACGCGCAGAACCGCGUCGCGUCGCCGGAGUUCUACGGGCGGGCCGAGUACGAACACCGCCGUGCCUCGAACAACAACACGCCGAACGUGCUGCUGAGCUCGUCGCUGCUGCGGGAGUUGCAGCAGCAGUACGCGGCGGCCUCCGCAUCGGGUCAUAUUUUUCCGAGUUACGCGAGCGAGGCGGGGCGCAGCAUCGGGAGCAUGAGCUUCCGCCCGGGUUCGCCUGCAGGGUCGGUGCGACGAGGCCGGCGUGACGGCCGCCAGAGUACGAGUCCGACGAGUGUCACGAUGGGCGGACAGAAGCUGCGGCACCGCAAGAACGGCUCACGCCACCACACGAACAGCCGAGACACGUCGAGCGGACAUCAGCACGGGUCGGUGCCGCGUCACCACCGCGACGAUCUCGAGAGCACCUCCGACGACUUCGAGGACCUCUCGCUGCACAACGAAUCCUUCACAGGGUGGCGCGAGAAGCUGCGCGACGCCUCGGACCGUCCCCUGCAGCUCCCCGCCGGUUUCCCCGCCUUGGGGCCGAACCUCGGCUUCGACCAGAUGAGUCUGCGCAGCAACUCGAACGGCGCCCUGGAGCGGUACAUGAACGCCCCGGGCUCGGUGAACGGCUUGGCUGCCUCCGCCUCCGGGGCCCGCUCACCGCUGGACCACCCACAGGACCCACCACCAGCGCUGGCGCACACGCCACACGGCCUGCAGUCGGCGCCGUCCACUUCUCUCACCUCACCCGUGGUGUGGUCUGCCGCGGCACGCAGCCCUCCGUAUUCGUCCUUCCUAACGGCCCCGGCAGCUGCAGGAAGUAACAACACGAAUAGCACGCUUCAGACGACUACGACCGGCCCCCGCCGCACCCUCCACCCUGCUGCCGCCGCCGCUGCUUCACACGACUCACCGCAGGCGCCGAAAUCGGCCACGUUGUCUCCCGGCGUAGCGCCAGCGCUGCCAACUCCCUCUCCUCUGCUUUCGCCGCCCAGCCCGUCCACCGCGAUCAUCCACUUUCUCGACGUGCCGGCUCUCUCCACGCAGAGCACAGGCAGAGGAGGUAGCGCGGAGGCAGACCAACACGCACCACCACGUCACGGCACCUUCGCGACGGCGGCGACGACGUCAGCCACGCCCGUCCUCUCGGUGAACUCCGGUGCCCCGCCUAGCCCAGAGCUGGAUAGUCGAGCAGCAGUAAGCGGCACUGCGCUGCACUCGCGACAUCUGGAUGCGUCGUCGUUUGGCGGUCUGCCCAGCGGCGUCAGCACCCCUUCGAAGCCGGACUGGCCGCCGGCUCCAGCAGGUGUAGCCGCUGCACCGGCGGGAUUUCUGACUGCGGUGCCGGCGAGGAAUGGGGACUCGAGAGACGACGCCACUCCCCUGCCUCUCUCGCCCAAGAGGGAAGAGAAGCCCACCGGUGCCUGCGGCGGUCGGAGAGCUCACAGCAAGUCUGAUUAA